AUGGGGCCCACCCCUGAGAAUUACUGCAUGUUGCAAGGUUUCGAAUGGAACGUCCCCGCCGAUCAGAAACAUUGGAUCCGGUUGCAAAACGCAUUACAGGAUCUGAAGAACAUUGGAAUAGACAAUGUCUGGCUCCCGCCUGCUUGCAAAGGUCAAGGUGGUGAUCAGGCCAAUGGCUAUGACAUUUACGACUUGUACGAUGUUGGGGAGUUUGAGCAAAAAGGCUCCAAAGUUACCAAAUGGGGCUCUAGAGAGGACUUGGACCAGUUGAGCAAUAAGGCAAAACAGCUCGGGAUUGGACUAUACUUCGAUGCGGUGCUAAACCACAAGGCUGGCGCGGACAGGAAAGAGAAGUGCAGGGUCGUCGAGGUGGAUCAGAGUGAUCGAAAUAAAGAAAUCGGUGAGCCGUUUGAGAUCGAAGCGUGGCUGGGCUUCGAUUUCCCGGGCCGUGGCGACAAAUACUCUGCUCAAAAAUAUCACUGGGAGCAUUUUUCAGGCACGGACUACGACGCAGGCACUGAAAAGACUGGCAUUUUCCGCAUUCUCGGCGACAACAAGCAUUGGUCCCAUUCCGUGGGCGACGAAGCUGGCAAUGCCGACUUCCUCAUGUUUGCCGAUCUCGACUACAGCCAUCCAGAGGUCGCGAAGGACGUCAUUCAGUGGAGCGAAUGGGUGGUCAAGGAAUUCAAGCUGAAAGGGUUCCGUUUCGAUGCCUGCCAACAUUUCUCUGAGCGUUUCACCAACGAUCUAGUGGAACAUCUGGAAGAAAAGUUUGGAAAGGGCGAAUUGUUUCUGGUUGGAGAGUACUGGAGCGGCGACACGCAGGAGAUGCUCGAGUGGCUAAACAACAUGCACCACCGCUUCACCCUGUAUGACUCGCCGCUGGUGUAUUCCUUCUCACAAAUUUCCAAGACAGAGAAAGCCGACCUCCGAAAAGUCUUCGACAACAGCCUUGUUAAAGCCAAGCCUGAGAGUGCCGUGACGGUGGUGAUGAAUCACGACACGCAGCCAGGACAGACCGUCGAGACACCCAUUGAGGGUUUCUUCAAGCCGAUCGCCUACGCCCUGAUCUUGUUGAGGAGAGAAGGCUAUCCGUGCGUCUUCUACGGCGACCUCUAUGGCAUGAAGGGCAAGCAGCCCGAGCCGCCUGCGUGUGGUGAGAAAUUGCCCCAACUCGUGCUCGCGAGGAAGCUUUUUGCGUACGGAGACCAGGACGACUACUUCGAUGACGACCCAAACUGUGUCGGAUUUGUGCGCAGGGGCACCGAAGACAGGAAAUCCGGGCUUGCCUGCGUCAUGUCGAACGCUGGCCCGGGGACAAAGAAGAUAUUCGUCGGCAAGGAGCACUCGGGAGAAGUCUGGACUGAUGUGCUAGGCUGGCAGAAAGAUGAAGUACAAAUCGAUGAAGACGGGUUUGGAGAGUUCAUGUGUCCCGGCACGAGCGUUAGUGUGUGGGUGAACAAAGAAGCCGAAGGAAGAGAUAAGCUGGACAAGCUGCACUUUGAUAGCGACAUCUACGCCAAGGCAUAAGCUGAACGGUGUUUAGAAACAGCGACAUCAGACAGGCUGACGGGGUGGCGGGGGAUCUAAUUGGGAUACAGGGUAGAGGAGGUACAUUAUGGCAAGUUCUAGAUUAUUUUAAGAAAUAUGG